AUGGCACGACUUUUGGCUAUACCACCAGAAGUGAUGGAUGUCAUCCGCGAAUUCGUGGACGACAACGAUUUGAAAGCUCUCCGCACGACUUGCCGAGAUCUCUGUACUAUCUUCAAUAAGCGGUUUGCUGAAGCAUAUCUUAGUAACCUCUCCCUCGUCCUCUGCGAGUACAGCCUUCGAAGCAUACUUGACUUGGUAGAUCAUCCGGUGCUCGGCCAACAUAUCGAGAGCAUAACCUUUGGAACACAUUAUCUUCCAUAUCAUGACAAGUUGUCCGAGAAGCUACAGGCUCGUGCUAAGGCACAGGCACAAUUCAUCGAUCGGAACGAACAUGUAGCUAUGCUUUCCGAAGCUUUGAGGCGCCUCAAUAGCCACAGCAUUAGCGUCAGACUUGGCAUACAUGACGACCUUGCUAAGUUGGAGAGGAAGGACACUAUGGAAAGCAUGGAUGUACUAUUGCAGAAAGGCUAUGGAUUCGACAUCUGUUUUGGCGAUCUGCGUGACUUCAGCUUUCUGCGCCCAGAUGCUGGACGAACAUUUCGCUCGAUCUGUCAGGCAGCCCAUCAAGCAGAAUACUCAAUAUCUCGAAUGCAGAUGAAUCUAUGCGACCAAGUUUCAUUUCCAUUGUGGGGAAUUGAACAAGACUCAACACAUAGGCUUGAUGGCGCUAUUGAUGACUUCCUCAGCAUUGCUGCGCCCUCCCAGGGAUUUUCGCUCAUGCCGGAAAGACUGAUCAUACCGGGAAAGUCAUUGACAUUCGUCAGUCAUAUACCAUCAGCAGGCACAGCAUCGAGUGUGCUUCUAAAUACCCAUGGUCCGCGCUUUGUGUUUAGUACUUUGGGCGCAGAUGCAUCCGAAGACAUUGAUUCACAACGCAAAGCCAGGUUCGACAAUGACUUUUUACAUGACUGUGGUUCAAUUCUCGAUGCAUGUUUCUACACUACUGGCCUUCGGGAAGUCUCGCUUUCCAAAUGCUGUGUGGACAUGGAGUUCCUGUUGCACUUUCUGAGAGAUCAACAAGGGAGUCUACGUUGGCUCGUGCUGCGUGAGCUAGAUGUUGACUUCCCCGAGGAGGACGAUGAUCCUGAAGGACAGCAAAGCCCUUUGGCCUUGCUGGUGCAGAUCAGAAACAUGAGCCACCUAGAGUUCUUGAUGAUGCAGGAGCUGAAAAGCAAGAGAGACACGAGCAGGGGCAUUGGCCCACGUCUGGGAAUGUUCCAGGGCAAAAGGAUACAGCCAGCGCUACGAACAUAUAUUCAAAGAGAAGAUCUGAUCAACAACUUUGUUCAGAACGAUCAACCGAUACCGGAUGGCCUCAUCGAUCCUGAAAUUCCAGAGGCUGUCAGGGCAAGAUUGACAUACUACGACGAUCCCGACGCAGAAUGA